UCACGUUAGAUGAACAAUGGCCACAGAUGUCUUCAACUCCAAAAGUCUGGCCAUUCAGGCCCAGAAAAAGAUCCUUGGAAAAAUGGUGUCCAAAUCAAUAGCAACUACUUUGAUCGAUGAUACAAGCAGUGAUGUUUUGGAUGAGCUCUACAGAGUAACAAAGGAAUAUACACAAAAUAAAAAAGAAGCAGAGAAGAUCAUCAAAAACCUCAUUAAAAUAGUCCUCAAAUUGGCAAUUCUCUACAGGAACAACCAGUUUAAUCAGGAUGAAAUAGCACUGAUGGAGAAAUUCAAGAAGAAGGUUCAUCAGCUGGCUAAGACCGUGGUCAGUUUCCAUCAGGUGGAUUAUACCUUUGACAGGAACUUCUUGUCCAAACUGUUAAAUGAAUGCAGAGAGCUGCUUCACGAAAUCAUUCAACGUCACCUGACUGCCAAGUCACACGGACGCGUCAACAAUGUGUUUGAUCACUUCUCUGAUUGUGAAUUUUUGGCUGCCUUGUACAAUCCCUUUGGACCUUAUAAAAUCCAUUUGCAGAAACUUUGUGAUGGGGUCAACAAAAUGCUAGAUGAGGGGAACAUAUAGGUACUUGUAUUAGAGGUGACUGCCUAUGAGUUAUUUGUAGAUGGAACACUGUUGAUUUAUGAAGGAAUAAGGGAGCUUGCAAAGAGGGUUUUUUACAUGAUGACAAAUCUUUCCUAAAAUCUUUAAUAAUUGAUUUCUUACUAUGCUCUAUUUGUUGCUAUUCACAGUCCAUCUGGAAGAAAGACCACAUGACUUUUUUUACUGUGCUUUGCCUAUGGAAACAGCUUGAUAAAGACAAUCAGACAAAUCCAAGAAGAGUUCAAGUAGAGUGAGAGUCUAGCAAGAUAGACAUACAAUCCAAAACAACAUGCUGUCAGACAAUCUGCAUCUUUCAUAGAUUUAUGGAAUUAAUUCUAAAUUACUAGAAUCCAGUAAUGUUGGUAACAGACUAUCAUGGUGAUGGUGAACUCUGUAAUUUCUUUAAUCUACUUGUAAAAUAGACAUAUAUUAUUCAGUUAUAGUCUUUUAUGCUCUCUGCACAGAUAACAGCUUCCUAGUGUUGCCAUUACACAACAUUGAGUUUUAAAUGAAAUCAAUGAUGCUGUCACAUAGAGUCUUAACAGCAGUCUUGUGCAUCUCCAGCUCAGA